AUGAGCUGGUUACGAAGUAGUCCCUUAAGAACUAGUUUUAGUAAGCAACGUUCAAGAGACUCUCCACCAAAAGACGCUGAUCCAUCAGCAUGUUAUGACAGCUUUUGUAAACAUUGGCAACAAGCAUAUGAAAUCAUAUUACGAACAUCUCCACCUAAAGGAAUAUGUAAUCAAGAUGAUGUUCUUGGAGUUGUUAAUCAUGUAGAUCAAAUGGCAACACUUUUAGUUUUAGAAUUACGUGAUUUUAACUUUUAUAAUAACUAUCGACAAUCUACAACAGCAACACACUCUCCGUGUUUAGAAUAUUUAUUAAGUGAAAAUCUUCUUGUUAAGCUUUAUGAUUGGAACAAAUAUAAUGGAAGAUUUAAUAAUGCUGUUUGUUUGGAACAAUUAAAAUUAUAUGAACUUUUAGUAUCACAUAGUGGUACUCUUCUUGCCCAUGAACCAGUUGCCAGACCAUUGCUACGAUUACUUGAAGAUUGUGCAAAUGAUAUUAUACUAUUAGAAGAAAAAUUAGUAGUGUUAUUAAAUCAAUUAUGUGUUGCUUUAAUGCAAAACAUGGCAUUACUUGAUUUAUUUUUUCAUGCAACAGCAGUAGGAAAAAGCAAAUUUAUUAUUUUUACAUUACUGAUACCAUAUGUACAUCGAGAAGGUGCAGUAGGACAACAAGCACGUGAUUCCAUGUUACUUUGUAUGUCUCUUUCUAAAAAAAAUGAUGAUGUUGGUGUGUUUAUUGCUGAUCAUUCUAAUAUAUGUCCUGUAUUAGCUACAGGUUUAAGUGGGCUAUAUUCAUUGCUGCCAAGAAAAUUAGAUAUUGAAACAGAUGAUUGGUAUCAGUUGACACCAGAUGAUGUUAAUGAUUUACCAGCAUUAAUGCACUUAAUGAAUUCAUUGGAUUUUUGCAAUGCUGUCGCACAAGUUGCACAUCCUUUAGUACAAAAACAGUUAUUAGAAUUUUUAUAUCAUGGUUUUUUGUUACCUGUGAUGGGGCCAGCUUUGUUACAGGAUUCUAUUGGUUUGACCAUAAAACAACUAGAUGCACAAGAACAUCGGACAACAGUGGAUGAAUUAGUUGCAGCUACAGCAUAUUUUGAUCUAUUUCUUCGUUCUGUAACUGAACCUGGUCUUUUGCGUUCAUUCGUUAGAUUUUUGCUUGAAGAUAAUUAUGAUGAAUGUAGAAUAUUGGAUAGUCUCAUUCAAAGGAUAUCUUCUAGAUCACGGUUAUGUAUAGUAACAUUGGGAUUGUUUGAAACUUUAAUCAAUUUAAACUGUGAAGACAUCAUGUUAGAAUUAUGUCUAGGUGCAUUGAAUCCUUGUUCUCAUGUAAUGCUUUCUCAACGUAGAAGAUUAAGAGAUAUAGAUCCUUUUGGACGUGCAGCUGAAAAGUUUCUCUCUUUAACUCCAAGUUGCUGUUCUCCACAUAUAAAUAUAAAUUCUAUAAAUUCUCAAUUCAGUUCUUUACCUAAUAAUACAACAUAUGAAAAACAAUCAAAUGUUACAUCUGAAUCUUUGAAAUCAUUACCAGCAUCUAUAAAUUAUGGUGUCAGAUUAUCAGAUAGUCUUUAUGGGAAUUAUCAUGCAUAUUUAUGUGAUGCUCGUCAAAAAAUAAGAACUUGCCGAAUCGCUUGUUCUAAUUGGUCGUAUCAAUAUAAUGGAGAAUUACCAAAAGAUAGUAUUAACAGUAGUGCCACUACUUUAAUAGAUGACAAUACAUUAUUAGAUCAAUUUCAAAAAAAAACAGAAAGUAGUAAAGUAUCAUUAGAAACAUUAAAAUUAUCAACACCUUCUAAUGAAAUUAAUGAAAACUCAUCAAUAGAUAAUAUGUUAAUUAAUAUUCAAUCUUUGCUAAAUGGAAAGGAUCUAAAUACAGUAGAAAAAGAUAUAAAAGUAGAGUCUCUUAUAACAACAGGUAUAGAGUUAUCAUUAGAAGAACAAGCAAAAUUGGAUGCAGAUAUUGCUGAAUUAUUAAAUGAAGAUACUGGAAUAUCAGAAUGUGUUAAGGAAAUGUUAUUGAUAGAUAAAAAGGAACUUGAUAGUGGCAUUGAUGAUUCGAAUACAACCAUGAAUUCACUUUUAUCAUUAGGAGAAAGUAGUGGUUACGAAAGCUUUGCAUUCAAAGGCUCAUCACAAUCAACUCCAGAUAAUGAAUCUAACGAAGAUCGAAUAAGCGAACACGAAGAAAUAGAAAUUGACUCAAAUAAAGAACAAAGUAUAUUUCUUCAUAGCAUCAUAGAAUCAAAUUCAAUCAUACCAGAAGAAUUAACAGCAAAUAAGCAAAAUAAAGAAAAUUAUCGACAAGAUGUAUUUAAUGGGCAACCGAAUGUUGGUAUAUUUUUGGAUGUUCUUUUACGAAAACUUGAAUGUAUGACAAGUAAUAAUUUAUAUGUUAAUUUACAUUUGACUGGUCUUAUCAGCAGAUUAGCAAUAUAUCCACAACCUUUAUUGCAAUCUUUUCUUUUAAAUCAUUCUCUGGUAUUUCAACCUAGUAUUAGAUCACUUUUUCAGGUACUUGCAUCUUUAAAACAUAAAAUAGAUCAAUUUCUUUCGCAACACAAUAAUGUGGAUAUAUUGGUUGAACAAGCGCGACUUUUUUUAAUUAAUCGCGAAGAUAAAUUAGUGAAUGCAAGAAAAAACGCGAUAGAAGCUGCUGCUCAUUCUGUACCUAUUAAAAGAAAUUCUUUAAAUGGAGAAUUUUCAAGAGUAUUCAAAAGAUGUGAAACUAAAAAAUGGAGUUUAACAUCAUCUUUUACACAAAUGCUUAGACGAUCAAGUGGUAGUUCUGGUCCAAGUAGUUUAGUUAAUACUGUCAAUCAAUCAACUGGUAUAUCAGAAAAUCAACUAGAAGUUAUUGGACAUGGUUCUGGAUACCGAUAUUAUACAAAAACGUCCUGGCAAUCUCCAAACGAAAUAAGUCCAGUACAAAAUGUGGUCUUAUGUGCAGUUGUAUUAGAUGAAUGGUUAAAAGAAUUAGCCGCUAUUACACAAGAACAUGCAAUUAUAUCUCUUACAAAUAAUAUGGAGUUUAAAGUUUAAUAUGGUUUUAAUAAGUAAUAUGUGAUAUAUUGUUAGAUUUAUAUGUAAUAAACCCUAUUAUAGUGUUAUAUACAAAAUAUUUAUGUAAAGUUAUUGAAAAGAAUACAACGAUCUUAUACAUAUGGAAUAUAGCUACAGUCAUAAAAAUAUUUUUAUUUUGCAAUUAUAGACAUAUUAAAGAAUUAAUUUUGAAAGUUAUAGAUUUAUAUUUUUGUUGAUAUUAUUUAGACAUUAACUACUUUUAAAAUUAUCGAAAAAAAAAUACAAAAAAAGUUUUAUUUAGUUAUUUAAGUGCUUCUAAAAUACUAAUUAAUAUUUAAAUAAUAUUGACGGAAUUUCAUUGUAAAGAAUGAUUUAGAGCAAUUUCCUAUAUAUAUAUAUAUAAAUUAAUUUACACAUAUUACAUUAUUAAACUAUAUAAUAAUUUUUUAAUACAUAUAUAAUAAACUAAUCAAUUUAUUUAAAAUUAUAUGUAAAUAUAUAAUUCGACAUCAAUAGUUCAAAGAACUAUAAAACAUCAUAAAUAGUUCAAAAGAAUAUAAUUAAACAUAAGAAAGUGCCAACUCAUUAUUUUAAUAUAUUAUAUAAUAUAAUCAGUACUUUGGAAAUUGUUCCAAAUGUUUUUCCAAAAUUUAAUAAUCAAAUUAUUACGAUAAUUUUGUUUUAAAAAUGAAAAUUAUAAAUGAAUAUUUAUAAUUUUCACCUAACAAUGCAUAAUGUAUGAUAAUUACAUAGCUUGUUUUUAUUGUACUUAAUUUAAUAUGAUUAUAAUGUUAUGUAAUUAUCAAGUAAUAUAUAUAUCUAUAAAUAUGAUUUAAAAAUUCAAUAAUAUAAAAUAUAAUAUAUAAAUGACAUCUCAAAUUAUGAAUUUUUAAAUAUGACUGGUUAAAGUUGUAAAUCUGAAGUUGACUGAAAAUAACAAUGCAGAUGUUUUAUAAUACUUUUUUCCCAUAUUUUCACUUUUGCUAUUAUAAAAAAUAUUUUAUUAUGCAGUUUUUCAUUAAAAGUAUACAAUUAUCAAAUUUUUACAAUAUUUGAAACAAAAUAAUAUAACUGCUUAUUUUAAUAACCAAAGACAAAUCAAUAAUUGCCAAUAAUGCAAUAUAUUGCACAAUUAUAAAAUAUUUGUUUAUAUAUAACAUAUCAAAAUUUAAUUAUUUAUGUUAUCUUAGUUCAAUUUUUAUUAACAAAUAUUUUUUAUUUUAAAUUAAUUAUUAAUACAUUAUAGUUAAAAAAGAAUUAAUAACAUAAAGAAAGUAUGCAUCAUAAAAUAUGAGCAUUGAAAAAAAUAUAAAUGUAUAUUUGGAAUGUUUUAAAAUUUUUUAUUCAAUAAGAAUAUACUUGCUGCAUUGUGAUAUAUGAAAUUAGAUUUAUUAGAAAUUAUUUUUAUUAAAAUAUUUUAAUUUUUUUGUCAAAUAUUGAAAUAUAUAUUAAUAUAAUUAAGAAUUAUUAACAAUUUUAUAUCAAUAAAAUAAUGCGUGCUUUUGAAAUGUUUGAAUGUAAUGCAUGUUGUAAUAUAUAAAAUAAUAUUAUUUUGUAUAAUUUUGUUUAAAUAAUAUUAAAUUUGUAAAAUUUUAACAUUAUAGUAUAAUAAAUAAUUUACGAAAUUUAUUUAUAUAAUAACAAUUUAAUAUUUUUUAUAAAAAAAUAUUUUAAUAUAAAUUAUUUUUUUUAUUUUAAAAGUUUUUCUAUCAGUGUACUUAAUAAAUGUAUUUUAUAAAUGUAUUUUUAUUAAAAACAUGCAAUAUUUUCAAACAAAAUUAUAUAUACUUGCCAAUUUAUAUUAUAUUAAUAAUAUAAUUUAAUAUUCAAUAUUAUUUCAUUAUUUUCUUUAUUGUUAUAUUAAGUUUUUAUUAUAUUAUAUUAGGUUUUUAAAUAAACUUAUAUAAUGAAAUAGUAGAAUCAAAAUUAAAAAAUUUUAAUAAUUCAGAAUUGCUUAUAUAUUUCAGCAUAAUUUUUACUUUAAUAUAAUAAUUUUUCUUUUGUGAUCUUUGCAUUUUUAAUUACGUUAUCUAUUUUGCUAAAAAAAGUAAAAAUUUUAUAAAAAAUACUUUCGAUUAAAUUUUAAAAAAAUAAUUUUAAAAUCAAUUGAAUUUUAUAAAUUAAGAAACAAUAAAUUUGAAUUUAUAUUUUUGCAUUUCUGUUUAAUUCUAAAAAUAUAUUGUAUUUUGUUAAAAUAAUGUUAUAUUUGUUGUAAUAAAUUAUAUAAUUUACAAGUUAUAAUAAA